UACUUUGUGGGGUUUUGUGUAUUGAAGUUAUGGGAUUCGCAAUGAAUUCGAACAAGAGUUUUUGCAUAGUUAACGAGUUUCUAUUUUAUUAGUUAAGCCUUGAAGAAAUAUAUAUUAAUUGUUUUCCCCAUUAGCACUUAAAAAAAUGAUGAAAAUGCAUUAUGUUCAGCAUCGAACCAAUUUUCGUCAAAACAAUGCUCAAAUGAGAAUAAUAAGCGAGAAGCUUAUGGAUUACAUCAAAAGCCGUUCCUACGAUUGCACCCUCCGUCAAAGCCGCCACCAUCAAUAAAAAUAUGUUGUGAAACCAAACAACAAAUAGCAAAUUUAAUACCAGUCAAUUGUGACAUAUCAGAAAAGAAACGAUACCCUCAUGCACUGCAACGGUCAGCUACAUUACCGGCUAAAAAUAAUCGUUUAGGUAUUAGAAAUCGUGUCACUUUUAAAAUUCCGAUUCUAGCAGCGCAACCACUAUCGGAAAAAAGCACUAACGUAGACAUUAACAAUUGUAACCCAGAUAAACUGAGUAUAAAUCUUAAAAUGACUUCGGAGGACUUGUUACAACCGGGUCAUGUUGUUAAGGAGCGUUGGAAGGUGAUACGAAAAAUUGGCGGUGGGGGAUUUGGUGAAAUAUAUGAAGGGCAAGAUCUAAUAACUCGAGAACAAGUGGCCCUUAAAGUAGAAUCAGCCCGACAGCCAAAACAAGUACUUAAAAUGGAAGUAGCGGUAUUAAAAAAAUUGCAAGGAAAGGAGCAUGUUUGUCGAUUUAUAGGUUGUGGUAGAAAUGACCGGUUUAAUUAUGUUGUUAUGCAAUUGCAAGGUAAAAAUUUAGCAGAAUUACGUAGAGCACAGCCUCGAGGUGCUUUUUCAUUAAGCACAACUUUAAGGCUUGGUUUACAGAUACUGAAAGCAAUUGAAUCAAUACAUUCAGUCGGUUUUUUACAUCGUGAUAUAAAACCAGUAAUUUACUUAUCCGUUCAUCUAAAACUUUAUUAA